AUGGAGUCCUUGAAGGCUGUUUUCUUCGGGCCCGACCCUGCGGUCCAGAUGAGAAAAUGCAAUACCCUCAUUCGCGCAAAUACCAGACAACUCGACCGUGAUCUUGCCCAUCUCAAAAGUCUCGAUACCAAAACCCGUCAACACAUCAUCAGUUCAUCCAAACGAGCGCAACGAAACCCGUCACAGGCUAAACAGGCAACCAGCGAAACCAAGACCUUUGCGCGGGAGCUUAUGAGGAUUCGGAAACAAACCACCCGUUUGAAUACAAGCCGGGCCCAGUUACAGAGUGUCGGGAUGCAGGUGAACGAGGCCUUUUCUGUGCGCAAGAUCCAGGGCAGCCUCCAGAAGUCUACGGGAAUCAUGAAAGAUGUGAACACGCUAGUGCGCUUACCGGAGCUGUCAUCCACGAUGCACCAACUAUCGACCGAGCUAGUCCGAGCCGGUAUUAUUGAGGAAGUCAUUGAUGACGCAAUCCCCAACAAUGAGCUAUUUGAAGAUGAGUAUGAGGAGGCAGAAGAAGAGGUGGACAAGAUCUUGCAAGAGGUUUUGCAGGGCAAACUCUCCCAAGCACCCGCCAAGCCCACCGAGCCAAUCGCAGAAGAGGCCCCAGUCGCCGAGGAGCCCGAAUUCGAAGAUCAAGAGAAGACUCUCGACGAGAUGCGAGGCCGCCUGGAGGCUCUCAAGAGCUGA